CCGACCACCAUGUUCGUGCUCGCCUGGCUCGCGCUCUUCCUCGCCGCGUGCGUCAACGGGCAGUAUUUUUCUGAAGGAUGGGCGCCCGGCCAGCCUGUCCCCUCUGCCGAGCCCGAGCCUGUCUUGCAGAGCUCGGGGUAUGUCUCGCAAAAGCCUCGGGAACAAGCUCAAGGACCAGGUCAAGGCAUCCUCGGUUCCCUAACAGGUUUGCUCGAGAAGGCAGGAAUCAACGUCACCGACAAACUCACAGCAGCAUCGGGUCCCCUGUGGGACCCCCGCAUCCCGCUGAUUACGGACAACAAUUACGAGGAGCUGGUGGUUCAAGAGGAAAUGAGCGAGGAGGAAGCGGCGGAGAGGGUCUGGUUUAUUGUCAUCUCGGUCACCUCCGGUCAGUCCGAGGGGCUCUCCAAAUACGCUGACGAAGCCUUCGACACCGCCUUCAACGAAACGCUCAUUGCUGGCGACCUCCCACACGUUCGGUGGGGCCGCAUCGACUACCUGAACGUCACCGGCAUCACAACCCGUUGGAACGUCUGGACCGCCCCUCUCUUCGUCAUCCUCUCCGACCGCGGGUACACCCUCCGCUUCUACAGCCCGCGCACCCUCCGCCCGCACGCGCCCACGCUGCGCACGUACCUCCUCACGCAUGCGUACCUGUCCACGCCUCCCUGGUCCUCGCCCUUCGCCCCGGGCGGGCCGCGCGCGUGGGUGCUCGACUGGAUCGCGCGGGUACUGACGGUCGUGUACGCGUACCUGGUGCGCGUCCCCCGCUGGCUGAUGAUGCUCGGAACGGGCAUCAGUGGGAGUUUGAUUUUGCAGCUGUUUCAUCGCGGGCAGGGACAAGGGCAAGGGGAGAGAAGGACGCCAUCGCAGGCGCAGAGAAGGGCGGUUGAGGAGAAGUCAAAGGAGGGCGAGUCGAAAGCGGAGGCGCAGGCAGUUUCGACAAGCGCCGCUCCGCAGUCUCCUGUCACACCGGGCAAAAAGGGGAAGGCACGCAAGGCAGGGAAGAACUAAUGUUCAUGAUUAUUAAAUUUUGUAGACGAAUCUCAUAUUGAUGAAGUAUCGCCCUCAUGCUCGUUCAUGUGAGACACAUUGAUACGAGCCUCGAUAUC